GCUCUCCACUCCGCACUCCCGGCGCCUCCCACUAACAGCAGCUGAGACCCAGUUUAGGGCCCGGGACACACUCGCCAGGCCGCAUGCGCAGAGUCAGGAACGGCCAGUCGGACUACAUUUCCCAGAAGAGCCUCGCGGGGGCCGCGGGCGCGCGCCGCCAUCUUGAAAUCUGAUGCUUCGCCUACCGGCUUUGCGUCAGCCCUGAACUGUGGCCGGCGUCCCAAGAGCCCAGCCUGCCGGCCCGGGAGGACGCCGAGAACGCUGAGGACGCGGCGGCUGGCGGGAGAGGCAGCUGUAGGAGGCUGGGCAGCAUCCUAGCGCAGCCCGCGCGACUGUCACUCAGCAUCCCCCUGAGGCGUUUCCGUGCCCGCCUCCUGCCCGAGGGGCGGGGCUGGCCACUGUGGUACCCAGAGCCGGCGCGCAGAGCGGAGGUGCGCUCGGGCGGAGUGAGGACCCCGGGCCCGGGCCAUGCCAGCCCCAGACCACCGAGGCGGGAGGAGGAGCACAGCCCAGAGUGGGUGAGCAGUCCAGCAGCUGCAGCCGCCUCGAGGAAGCUCGGCACCCGCUAGCAGCGAAGAUGAAAGAGAUUUGCAGGAUCUGUGCCCGGGAGCUGUGUGGAAACCAGCGGCGCUGGAUCUUCCACACCGCGUCCAAGCUCAACCUUCAGGUUCUGCUUUCGCAUGCCCUGGGCAAAGAUGUCGCUCGCGAUGGCAAAGCUGAGUUUGCGUGCAGCAAGUGUGCUUUCAUGCUCGAUCGCAUCUAUCGAUUCGACACCGUUAUUGCCCGGAUCGAAGCCCUUUCUAUUGAGCGAUUGCAGAAGCUGCUGCUGGAAAAAGAUCGCCUUAAAUUCUGCAUUGCCAGCAUGUAUCGGAAAAAUAACGAGGACUCCGCCGCCGAGAUCAAGCCAGGGAGUGGGACGGUUGACAUUUCCGGCCUGCCCGAUGUGAGAUACUCUGCCCUGCUGCAGGAAGACUUUGCCUAUUCGGGGUUUGAGUGCUGGGUAGAAAAUGAGGAUCAGAUCCAGGAGUCACACAAUUGUCAUGCUGCGGAAGGCCUGGGAAACCGACCCAGGAGAUGCCGUGGUUGUGCAGCUCUGCGGGUGGCGGAUGCUGACUAUGAAGCCAUUUGUAAAAUGCCUAGAAAAGUGGCCAGGAGUAUUUCCUACGGCCCCUCUAGCAGGUGGUCUACUAGCAUUUGCACCGAAGAACCGGCGAUGUCAGAGGUUGGACCGCCCGAUUUACCAAGCACAAAAGUCCCUCCAGAUGGAGAGAGCAUGGAGGAAGGAACACCGGGCUCCUCCGUGGAAUCUUUGGAUGCCAGUGUCCAGGCUAGCCCUCCACAACAGAAAGAUGAGGAAACCGAGAGAACUGCAAAAGAGCUUGUCAAGUGUGACUUUUGUUCCGAUGAACAGGCUCCACAGCAUUUGUGUCACCACAAGCUGGAGCUAGCUCUUAGCAUGAUUAAAGGUCUUGAUUAUAAGCCCAUUCAGAGUCCCCGAGGGAGCAAGCUUCCCAUUCCAGUGAAAUCCAGCCCACCUGGAGCCAAGCCUGGCCAGAUCAUGACAGAUGGAGUUAGUUCCGGUUUCCUUAACAGGCCUUUGAAACCCCUUUACAGGACACCUGUGAGUUACCCCUUGGAGAUUUCAGACCUCCAGGAGCUGUGGGAUGAUCUCUGUGAAGAAUAUUUGCCACUCCGGGUGCAGCCAAUGCCUGAAGAGUUACUCAAACAACAAAAACUGAAUUCGAAGGAGGCCACUAUAACUCAGCAGUCUGUAUCUGAUUCUCACUUGGCAGAACUCCAGGAAAAAAUCCAGCAAACAGAGGCCACCAACAAGAUUCUUCAAGAAAAACUGAGUGAAAUGAGCUGUGAACUAAAAUCUGCUCAGGAGUCAUCUCAGAAGCAAGAUGCAGCAAUGCAGAGCCUGAAGGAGACCUUGAAAAGCAGGGAAAGUGAGACUGAGGAGCUAUACCAAGUGAUUGACGGUCAAAAUGACACCAUGGCAAAGCUUCGAGAAAUGCUGCACCAAAGCCAGCUUGGACAGCUUCAUAGCUUGGAGGGCCUUGCCCCCGCUCAGCAGCAGGUGGCCCUGCUUGAUCUUCAGAGUGCUUUAUUCUGCAGCCAGCUUGAAAUCCAGAAGCUCCAGAGGCUGGUACGACAGAAAGAACGCCAACUGGGUGAUGCCAAGCGACAUGUGCAGUUUGUAGAGACUGCAGCACAGGAGAGAGAGCAGCAGAAGGAGGCAGCUUGGAAGCAUAACCAGGAAUUACGAAGAACUUUACAACAGCUCCAAGGGGAAUUACAGAGUAAGAGCCAACAGCUUCAUACCCUGGAGACUGAAAAAUACAAUGAGAUUCGAACCCAGGAACAGAACAUUCAACAUCUAAAUCAUAGUCUGAGUCACAAAGAGCAGCUGCUUCAGGAAUUUCAGGAACUCCUACAGUAUCGAGACAACUCAGAUAAGACCCUUGAGACUAAUGAAGUGCUGCUGGAGAAACUUCGGCAACGAACACAGGACCGAGCUGUUGCCCUGGAGCGGGCCAUCGAUGAAAAGUUCUCUGCUCUAGAAGAAAAAGACAGAGAACUGCGCCAACUUCAUCUUGCCGUGAGAGAACGAGAUCAUGACUUAGAGAGACUGCGUGGUGUCCUCUCGGCCAACGAAGCCACCAUGCAGAGUAUGGAGAGUCUCCUGCGGGCCAAAGGCCUGGAAGUGGAACAGUUAACUGCCACCUGCCAGAACCUCCAAUGGCUGAAAGAAGAACUGGAAACCAAAUUUGACCAUUGGCAGAAGGAACAGGAGAACAUCGUUCAGCAGUUACAGACAUCACUGCACGACAGGAACAAAGAAGUGGAGGAUCUCAGUGCAACAUUGCUCUGCAAACUUGGACCAGGGCAGAGUGAAGUAGCUGAGGAGCUGUGCCAGCGUCUGCAGCGGAAGGAAAGGAUGCUGCAGGACCUUCUGAGUGAUCGGAACAAACAAGCUGUGGAACAUGAAAUGGAGAUUCAGGGCCUGCUUCAGUCUAUGAGCACCAGGGAGCAGGAGAGCCAGGCUGCUGCAGAAAAGAUGGUACAAGCCCUCAUGGAAAGAAAUUCAGAAUUGCAGGCCCUGCGCCAGUAUUUAGGAGGGAAAGACUUGAUGACAUGCCAAGCAUUCAUCUCCAACCAGCAAGCUGAAGUUGCUUCCCUUGGCCCCCACCUUAGAGAGCAGACUGAUCAAGGUUCAAUGCAAAUACCCUCCAGAGAUGAUAGCACUUCAUUGACUGCUAGAGAAGACACGAGCAUACCCAGGUCCACCUUAGGAGACUUGGACACAGUUACAGGGCUCGAGAAAGAGCUGAGUAAUGCCAGAGAGGAGCUUGAGCUCAUGGUGCGAAAAGAAAGGGAAAGUCAGAUGGAGCUUUCUGCUCUACAGUCCAUGAUGGCUGUGCAAGAGGAGGAGCUGCAGGUGCAGGCUGCUGACCUGGAGUCCCUGGCCAGGAACAUACAGAUAAAAGAAGACCUCAUAAAGGACCUUCAGAUGCAGCUGGUUGACCCUGAAGACAUGCCAGCUGUGGAACGCCUGACCCAGGAAGUCUUACUUCUUCGGGAAAAAGUUGCUUCAGUAGAAUCCCAGGGUCAAGAAAUGUCAGGAAACCGAAGACAACAGCUGCUGCUGAUGCUGGAAGGACUGGUGGAUGAGCGGAGCCGGCUCAAUGAGGCCCUGCGAGCCGAGAGGCAGCUCUACAGCAGCCUGGUCAAGUUCCACGCCCAUCCGGAGAACUCUGAGAGAGACCGAACUCUGCAGGUGGAACUAGAAGGGGCCCAGGUGUUACGCAGUCGACUAGAAGAAGUCCUUGGAAGAAGCCUGGAGCGCUUAAGCAGGCUGGAGACCCUGGCCGCCGUUGGAGGGGCUACUGUAGGCGAUGACACUGAAGACGCAAGCACGGAGUUCACUGACAGCAUUGAAGAGGAGGCUGCACACAACAGCCACCAGCAACUCAUCAAGGUGGCUUUGGAGAAAAGCCUGGCAACCAUGGAGACCCAGAACAUAUGUUUUCAGCCCUCUUCCCCAGUAGGAGGGGACAGUAACAGGUGUCUUCAGGAGGAAAUUCUCCACCUGAGGGCUGAAAUCCACCAGUACUUAGAGGAGAAGAGAAAAGCUGAGGCGGAACUCAAGGAGCUAAAGGCUCAAAUUGAGGAAGCAGGAUUCUCCUCUGUGUCCCACAUCAGGAACACCAUGCUGAGCCUUUGCCUUGAGAACGCAGAGUUGAAAGAGCAGAUGGGAGAAGCAAUGUCUGACGGAUGGGAGAUGGAGGAAGACAAGGAGAAGGGCGAGGCUAUGGUGGAGACUGUGGUCAGCAAAGGGGAUCUGAAUGAGAAUAGCCUUCAGGCUGAGUUCAGAAAGGUCCAGGGGAAGCUGAAGAAUGCCCACAACAUCAUCAACCUCCUCAAAGAACAGCUGGUACUGAGCAGCAAAGAAGGGAAUAGUAAACUGACUCCAGAGCUCCUGGCACACCUGGCCAGGGAGAUCGACAGGAUCAACACAGGUCUACCUGCUUCUCCUGGGAAGCAUCAACACCAAGAACAGGAGCCUGUGACCACGAGGCCUUGCCCCAGACCCCAGAGCCUCAGCCUUGGGGCGGCCCUCUCAGUGGAUGUCCACCAACAAGACAACAAGUCCCAGGCCCAAGACUCUGGGCCUCAGCCAGAAUUUAGCCUGCCUGGGUCCACCAAGCACCUGCGUUCCCAACUGGCUCAGUGCAGACAACGCUAUCAAGAUCUCCAGGAGAAGCUCCUGAUCUCAGAAGCCACUGUGUUUGCCCAGGCAAACCAGCUGGAGAAGUACAGAGCCAUAUUCAGUGAAUCCUUGGUGAAACAGGACAGCAAGCAGGUCCAGGUGGACCUCCAGGACCUGGGCUACGAGACUUGUGGCCGAAGUGAGAAUGAGGCUGAGCGGGAGGAGACCACCAGCCCAGAAUGUGAGGAGCACAGCAGCCUGAGGCCCACCAUGCUCAUGGAGGGGCUGGACUCUGAGCAGGGGUGCCUGGAUCCAGCCUUGGUCAGCCCCUCUGUGAAGAAAUCUUUAGAGAACAAACUAGGGAAACAAGAGGUGUUCCAGGCAUAUGGAAAUUCAGAAGACAUCUCUGUCCUACAAAAGGACAUCAAAGAUCUGAAAACCCAGCUACAGAACGCCAACAAGAUUAUUCAGAACCUCAGGAGCCGGGUCCGGUCCCUCUCAGCUACAAGUGAUUAUUCAUCUAGUCUGGAAAGACCCCGGAAGCUGAGAGCCAUCGCAACCCUCGAGGGGUCUUCACCUCACAGUGUCACUGAUGAGGAUGAGGGGUGGCUGUCUGAUGGCACUGGGGCUUUCUACCCUCCAGGGCUUCAGGCCAAAAAGGAUCUAGAGAGCCUCAUCCAGAGAGUAUCCCAACUAGAGGCCCAGCUCCCGAAAACUGGACUAGAGGGAAAGCUGGCAGAGGAGCUGAGGUCGGCCUCGUGGCCUGGAAAAUAUGAUUCCCUGAUCCAGGAUCAGGCUCGAGAACUAUCAUAUCUGCGACAAAAAAUUCGAGAAGGGAGAGGAAUUUGUUACCUUCUCACCCAACAUGCAAAGGACACAGUGAAAUCUUUCGAGGACCUCCUCAGGAGCAAUGACAUCGACUACUAUCUGGGCCAGAGCUUCCGGGAACAACUAGCCCAGGGAGGCCAGCUGACAGAGAGGCUCACCAACAAACUCAGCACGAAGGAUCAUAAAAGUGAGAAAGAAGAAGCUGGGCUUGAGCCACUGGCCCUCAGGCUCAGCAAGGAGCUACAGGAGAAGGAGAAAGUGAUUGAAGUCCUGCAGGCCAAGCUGGAUGCCCAGUCUCUCUCACCCCCUAGCAGCCAUGCCUUGUCUGACUCCCACCGCUCUGCCAGCACUACGUCCUUCCUGUCUGAUGAGCUGGAAGCUUGCUCUGACAUGGACAUAGCCAGCGAAUACACACAUUAUGAAGAGAAGAAGGCGUCACCUGGUGGUCACUCAGAUUCCAUCCAUCAUUCAAGUCAUUCUGCUGUGUUGUCUUCUAAACCAUCAGCAACCAGCGCAUCUCAGGGGGUUAAGGCCGAAUCCAGCAGCAACCCUAUCAGCUUGCCAAGUCCCCAGAAUCCUCCCAAGGAGGCCAUCCAGACCCAUCCAGGCUUUCAUUUUAACUCCAUACCCAAGCCGGCUAGCCUCCCCCAGGCACCACUGCCCUCAACUCCAUCCAGCUUCCUGCCUUUCAGCCCCCCUGGUCCUCCCCUCCUUGGUUGCUGUGAGACACCGGUGGUGUCCUUGGCUGAGGCUCAACAGGAGCUGCAGAUGCUGCAGAAGCAGCUGGGAGAAAGUGUUAGUGCUGCUCCUCCUGUUUCCACAGCUACACUGCUGAGCAAUCAUUCGGAAGCUAGCUCUUCUCACUACCUCAACCCUGCCCAGCCCCACUCUCCUACAAGGAGCCCCAUAGAACUGGGCAGAAUCCUGGAGCCCGGUUACCUGGGUAGCAGUGGCCAGUGGGACAUGAUGAGGCCUCAGAAAGGGAGCAUCUCUGGGGACCUCUCCUCAGGCUCCUCGAUGUACCAGCUUAACGCCAAACCCACAGGUGCUGACCUGCUGGAAGAGCACCUAGGUGAGAUCCGAAACCUGCGCCAGCGCCUAGAGGAGUCCAUCUGUGUCAAUGACCGGCUGCGGGAGCAGCUGCAGCACCGGCUGAGCUCCACGGCCCGGGAAAGCGGCUCCACCUCUCACUUCUACAGUCAGGGCCUGGAGUCCAUGCCUCAGCUCUACAAUGAGAACAGAGCCCUAAGGGAAGAAAACCGAAGCCUGCAGGCUCAGCUGAGUCAUGCUUCCAGAGGGCACUCUCAGGAAACAGAAUGUUUACGAGAAGCCCUGCUUUCCUCUCGAUCCCAGCUUCAAGAGCUGGAGAAGGAGCUGGAACAGCAGAAAGUCGAGCGGCAACAGCUUCUGGAAGACUUGCAGGAAAAACAGCAAGAGAUCUUGCAUUUCCAGGAGGAACGUCUGUCCCUCCAGGAAAAUGACUCCAGGCUGCAGCACAAGCUGGCCCUCCUACAGCAACAGUGUGAGGAGAAGCAGCAGCUCUUCCAGUCCCUGCAGUCAGAGCUACAGAUCUACGAGUCGCUUUGUGGAAAUCCUAAGAAGGACCUGAAAGCUUUCAGCCUAGGUGCCUGUCACCAAGACCCUUUGACCAGUGACUUGAGCCACCUAGUGGCAGAGAUUCGAGCUCUCAGAGGGCAGUUGGAGCAGAGCAUUCAGGUGAACAAUUGUCUGCGGUUGCAGCUGCAACAAAAGUUGGAUGGUGGUGCUCACAAAGCCGACCUCAAGCCCUCCUCCAUUAGCCAGAACUUCUCAGCCAACAGCGAGCCUGGAAACACACAGCCAUUCUUCCAAGGCUCAGCUGCUUCCCCUCCAGUCCGGGAUGUUGGCUUGAAUUCUCCACCCAUGGUCCUCCCUAGCUCUUCCUGCUCUGCUCCUGGCUCAGACACUGCUGUCAUCACUAGGACAAAUGAGCUUCGUUUGGAUGAUUCUGCAGUGAUGAAGAACCCUGCGGAGCUGGAGGGAGAGGCUACUGAUGGCUCCUUUGCCAACAAGCGUGGCCGACAUGUCAUUGGCCAUAUUGAUGACUACAGUGCUCUCAGACAGCAGAUUGGGGAGGGCAAGCUGCUGGUCCAAAAGAUGCUGUCUCUAGUGAGGCCAGCACACAGCUUCCCUGGACUUGAAGCUCAGGGCCCAGAGGUGCCAGGUAGCAAAAGUGUUCAUGAGCUGCGGAGCAGUGCCAGUGCCCUGAACCACACCCUAGAGGAGUCCGCAUCCCUCCUCACCAUGUUUUGGCGAGCAACCUUGCCAAGCUCCCAUGGCCCUGCACUGGCAGGCAGAGAGGGAGAACUGAUGGAGAAGGAACUCCGGGACCUACGAGUCCAAGUAUCCCAACAGGAACAGCUCCUUCAGAGCACUGCUGAGCGUCUGAAGACUGCCAACCAGCAGAAAGAAAGCAUGGAGCAGUUCAUCGUGAACCAGCUCACCAGGACCCAUGAUGUGUUAAAGAAGGCAAGGACUAAUUUAGAGGUGAAAUCCUUAAGGGCUCUGCUGAUGGCUCCAGCCUUGUGACCCUUACCUUCCAGGAGCCACACAAGAAACGAAGCCAGAGGUCCUUAAAACAGCAGGAAGGAUGGGCCUGCUCUCCUCCUGUGCCUCUGCCUAUCUGCUGAGGAACACCUGGCCCCACUCCACCCCUGCUGGAGGUCCAGAAGAGGGCUUGGAGAUGUGACCUGGUGGGGCAGUCAGGAAGGGGAAUGGCUUCUUGGCAGCAAGGAAUACAGCAAGGAAUACUGUUAGCCAAGGCCCUCCGGGCCCAGCACUAAGCAAAACUCGCAUAGACUGCAUUGAAGGCCUGUGACACUGCUUCUAAACAGCCUCAGUGGCAUGGCACCUGCCAAGUCACAGUUCUUGCCUCAGCAACUGUCCCCAAGACCGUCAACUCAGGGGAAACAGGACCCUGCCAUCCACAAAUAGGGUGUGUGGUCCCAACACCGAAGCUCCUCAGACAGUCCUAAAAGCACACUACUGAACAGCAGUGCCCCACUGGACAGUGCUGGGGCUCAGCAAGCUCCACUCACAAACCCACACUUGACCCAGGACAGCCUUGUGGGCCAAGCCAGGCAGGCUUUGGCCUGUACCACCCCACAGGAGCUCUUUGAGUUCACACAGCAAACAUGGUGACUUCCUAGGUGCCCUCUUACGCUUAGCCUAGAACCUUCUGUUUCUUACAGACCUGACCUCCUUACAUAUGUUGGCUCCCUUGUCAUCCUAACUUCCCGCAUGAGAUCUGGGAACUGAUGGUCAUAGGACACCUAUUGAAUGUCUAGCAUACAGCACAACUGUACCCCCUUUUAGGUGGCAUGGGUGACGCCUGCUCUGUACUGAAGACUGGUCUGUCUUCACAGUGCUUUGUAGGGUGUGGGUGUAUAAAUGUAUGAUACAGAUUUAUAUAUGCUGCUGUAGCUAUAUGUUGAAGGCCAACAUAAUGUGCAGACAGGGUGGUGAGAAGGUAAACAGUCUUUUUGGUGGCUAUUAAAGCAAAAUGUGUAUAAAGAA